CGUUAGUGCCAUGCGCGCCAGUCCGGUGCCCAGUGUUGUGCGAGGGAGUUGGCUCGCGCUCGUAAAUGGCUAAUGGCCUCUGCUCGGACGAGGCCGUCCAGCGCUUUGUCGUCUCCGGCUUUGUGCAGCUGCCGCCCUCGACCGCAGUGCCGCCUGCCGCACACGCAGAGAUUGCGGCGCAGAUCCACCGUUGCGGCGUGCAGGAGGCUGGCGGGCCGGAGGAUGCACGCGCCGGGCGGAGGGACCCUUACGGCUUGCGGCAGCUCGACGGCGACGCAGCGGGCAACAACCUGCUGCACGCCGCUCCUGCGCUUCGUGGGCCAGCCUUCCUCGAGUCUCCUCACCUCGUCGCGACCCUCACGCGGCUGCUGGGCCCCGAGUACCGGCUGCACCCGCACUGCCGCGGCCACCUGCGCAAGCGCGGCGCCAAGACGUCGAUGUGGCAUGUCGACGCCUACAAAGGGCUGCCGUGGUGCAGCGGGCGGCUGCACGAGCCGCACUGGUGCAUGGUCAUGUACUAUCCUCAGGACACGACGCCCGAGAUGGGCCCGACGCAGCUGCUGCCAGGCACACAGUUCUACCGCGGCGACAGCGAUAGAGCUCACUACUCGCGCGGGCACAUCCCGAGCUUCGGUGAGCAGCUGGCCGGCUGGGCGACCUGCGUCCACACCGUCACCGGGCCAGCCGGCACGGUGGUGGUGAUGCACUACGACCUGUGGCACCGCGCCCUCGCCGCCGCUUCGGAUGCGCCGAGGCUCAUGCUCAAGCGCCUCUUCAGCUCGGCGGUGGCCGCCGCCAAGAAGGAGGCCGCGGACGGCUCGGCUCUGCCUCCGACACCGACGCACCUCAUGCCCGCCCUGCUCGCGUGGCUCGCCCCGCGGUGCGCCGCACUCGUGCAGAGGGCCGCGGCGCGCGAGCGGCGGGCGCUGUUUGUGCGCGAGCGGCGGCCAGUCUGGCGGCACGUCUGGGCGUGGCUGCACGGCCAAGCAGCUGCGCCACGCCUCGUCUCUCCCGCCCGCGCGACGCGCCUCAGCGGCACGCUGCGGAUUGCGGCGGAGCCGGCGCGGCUGCGGGCCGCGUACGAGCUCGCCCAGGCGACGGCUGCGGAAGCUGCUGAGGCGUUGCUCGCCGUCGUGAGCGACGCCGGCGCGGCAACCUCGGUGCGCCGCACCGCCGCCUACGGCCUGAGCGCGGCGAGCUGCGUCAGCGCGGCGCAGUGCGAACGGCUCCUCUUCCUCGCUGCCGGCAGCGACGGCGCCGAGGGCUUCGACGCCGAGCUGCUUCUCGCCGCCGCCGACCCCGCCGCGGAGAUCCGCUACCUCGCGGCCAUCGUACUCGCGCGAGCCACCAGACUCGCGGACUCGGAGGCGGUGCCAUGCCUCGAGCGCGCGCUCGCCGUGCCGGCGGCCCAGCUUGCAUGCCAAGGGUGGGGCGCCUCCCUAGACUCGCCGCCGCCGCCGCCGUCGGCGCGCCUGGAGGUGGGCGGGGAGGUUGUUGGCGCGCUAGCGGCUGCACUCUCGGGUGACGCCGACCGAUACGUGCGCGGCUACGCGGCCGACGCGCUCGUAAGCUUGCUCGUGCACGGUGGCAGCGACGCUGCGCGCGCAGCGCUCGAAGCCGCCCUCGGAGAUUUGGGCACUGUGGCGGUGCUGCAAGGCCAAGACCAAGGGCUUGCCGACGCGCGGGCACGAUGCCGUUCGCUGUGCGCGCGGCGGUGGUGCCCGCUGACGACGCCGCUGAGUCCGUUUUGACGGUACGUUUCACGGCGUUUUGCCCCCGCCCCCCGCAACCGCGGUCCGUGCGCAUCGCGACGCCCCAUAGCCCCCACAUACGGUAAGACAUAUGUCGUGUGUCGCAAUAGAGAGUGUGGAGAUACAGCUGAUACACGUGCGUUCUCUGAGUCUGACUCUGUGUGUACUGUGUUCACCCCUUCACGCAAGUACCAAGUAGAAGAGG